AUGAGGACAUUAUUUGAAGGCACAGGAAAAAGUAGAUUCCUCCAAGAACUUCCCAAUUUACUCUAUAACGAAACUGAAUAUUAUACAGAUGACAAAGAACUUUUAGAUAUGAUCAAAAAUCGAAUGUACACCAUCAAUGUUACCUUUGGAAAUAGCACUGUUGCAUCACCAGAAGAUGAGAAAUGUAGCCAUAAGAUUAGCCAUGCACCUGGGGUUGUUCUCAAGGGUGUUAAUAGUGAUAGGAAUUUUGAUAAUUAUAUUAAAUUUAUUGUCCUCGCCAUUGAUGAGCUAAACCUUUUGCACAAGUGUGGUAAAGAGUCAGAUCCCCAAGGAAAUCCAGUUCGUCAAAUUGUACAUUCUGCUGGAAGUUUGGGUUGCAGUAGCGGAGAUAUAUUCUAUCUACCAAUCUUAUCUGGCACAAUUCAGGGUCCUCUUGAAAAAGUGUUCAGAGAAUCAACAUAUAUUUAUUUUCACUUACCAUUUUGUCUUCUUCAAGAUGAGGAGAUGUGGAGUAUUAGCAAAGUCUGA